AGGAUAAAUCGAACGUGUAGGGGUUAUCAUUGCCUAAAAGAAAAAGAUUCCGAAAACGACGCGAGAUGGCAAUACUGUAUAAACGUUCCGCUGAUGGCGAAACACGAGCACAACAACAAACUGACAUGAACUCUGCGAGCAAGGUUGGUGAAAUUUUCACCGCAGCCGGAGCAGCGUUUAACAAGCUGGGAGAAUUAACGAUGCAAUUGCACCCUACAACAGAUUCACCGGCAGGUAAAUGGACUGACGAGGAAAUUGAGAUGCUCCGUCACUCGGUAAAGACCUUCAGCGAAGAUUUGAACAAAAUAAGUGAACACAUCAAGGGACGAACGGUCUCUCAGAUUCGGACAACACUGAAGAAGAAAGCUUUUGAGGAAGCUGGCGUUCCGAUCAGGCAACAAAUACUUUCUCAACAGUCGACGCAACAAUCGACGGUUCAGGUAUCGAAGCAGCAGACAGGAAAUCAAGGAUUAAUGGGAAAAUCGGCAGACGUAACAUUAAAUAUGUUAAACGCUUCGGAAUCGGAAGUGGAUGUUGAAGGACUACCAGACGAGUGUCAAGUGAAGCUCGAGUUCGAAGGUGCAACGGAGGAAGUAGCUUCCUAACAAGCCGAGCGAGAAUGAUGUUUCCAAAUGCGACUCUUUUUAUCUCGAUCUCUACGUAUAAGAUAAUAUAACAUACGUUUCAUAUGUUUACGUUUAGCGUUAAGUAACCAAUAUGUAUCUUAAAUAAGUUACGUUUGUUAAAUAGAUUUUUGAAAAUCA